AGCUACCUACUCUCUCUCAAUUCGAAAUUAUUAUUUUUAAUCAACUUUUAGUAUAUUAUAAAAUUUCUUUUGUUCAAUUUUCCUUCAAAAUAUAAAUAAACAAAGCUUUAUGUAAAGAAUGGACGCAAAUAAUACAAUUUACUACGCGGCCAAAUUGAUGGUUUACUUUGAAAAACACCAUUUUAUCGAAGUCAUUAAGGCUCUUUUAGUACGACUGGCUAUAGACCGACCACAUUCCUUAAAAUAUUAUAUUAAGAAAAAUUUGUCUAAAAUUGCAAAAAGGGCUUUGGUUAAACAUGCAAUUGUUCAUCUGCCACCUGGUCAAAAUGUUGCAGAACUUGAGAAGUCAAUUUUGAAAAUUGCCAAAAUUCCUUUAUUAAUCUUCAUUAAUAAAACAGAUAAACUCAAAUUUGAAGAACAAUUGUGGAAGUUUGAAAAGGAUGAUACAUACCUUGGAAACCGUUACAAAAUACUUUUAAGUUGUUCUGAGAGUUGUGAUGAAGCAACACCUAAAAAUUUCAUAAACAUAACGGUGAAAGAUCACAACAAGGAAACCGAUACUUUAGCAGCUGAAAUAUUGUAUAAAAUCAAAUACUCUCCCAUCCCCGUAUCGUGUGGAUUUGGAUGCAAUUAUGUGUACAGAAUUGUUAUUUUAGGACGACGAGGUUCUGGGGAACAAACUCAAGCUAAAUUUCUUGCUGCAAGAUACAAUUUAGUGUAUGUAAAUAUUCAAUCACUUAUUGAAGAAACUUUACAAUCCAAAGACAACAUGGCUAAGAUACUUUCGAUUGCGUUAGAAAAACAAAAUAGCUACUCAAGCUCAGCUAUAAUGGCACUAAUUUGGAAAAGACUUAUGCAGCCAGACACUUUGUCCCGAGGAUGGGUCAUUGUAAACUUUCCUAAAUCCAAAAACGAAUUGGAAAUUUUAUUGAAGAAGUUCCAAACUCCACCGAAUAGGAUUUUAAUUUUGCAUUGUAGCAAAAGAAUAGCCUUGCGAAGGCUGGUUAAACAAUGGGAGACAUCAAACACUAAAAUCAAACUUAAAAAUACCAUCACCUGUGUCGAAAAGGAGUUUGCGGAAUAUGAUAAAAAUAUCUCAAGCAUUUACUUUUACCUUAAAUCGGCAGAUAUACAAAUUGUACAUGUUAACGGGAAAGAAAGCAGGGAUUUUGUAAAAAAUAAAGUAUUUGCGUUAUUGGAACGUAAAUAUUGAAAAAUGUACAUUUAAAAGCACCACUAAGGUCAAAAUUGAAAGUUAAAAUUUGACUGUGUAAUGCAUUUAACCAAAUCAAUAGAGCAGCAAUAGGUAUUGUCUUUCAUUUUGUAAACUUUGCUUCCUUAUGUUUCAUGUCUUGAAAUUACAAAAAUAAAUAAGUUACUACAUAUUUUAAUCUACU